CGCCGCGUCAGCAGCGUGCCGCACGUGCCCGUGUUUACGUCCCUCGUGGAGCCGCCGACGUCACAGCCUAAUGGCAACAUUGUGGGGAUGCUGAGCCGCGGAGUUUAGGAUAGUCUGGCGUCUGGUUCCCGGCUGGCUCGGCGCGGUCGGCGGCGGCAGGCAGGCAGAGCGCAGCGGCGGGGAGGUCGGCCCCUGCGGAGCGGCGGGCCGCGCGCGCGCGCGCCCCCCGGCGCAUCCCGCAGCCCCGCGCGGCCUCGCGCCAGGCCGGGCGACCCCGGGGCGGCCCCGGGGCCCCCCGCACUGCCGCAGCGAGCGGCGGCGGCGGCGGCGGCGGCUUGUAAACAGAUCCGGCCGCACGUGACCAUGUGAACUACCUGCUCCGGGCCGCGUAUUGUCUCCGGUGAGAGUCGCGCCACAAAGGAGCCGGUGGGAGAGCGGCCGGAGCGCUAAGAUGGCUGAAGGCGCCCGGCAAGGGUGAGCUGGGGGCGCGGCCACCGCGGAGACUCGGCCGGGCGGCCCCCCUCGGCCGGGCCCUUGGAGCGACCAUGUCGUUCGCGCUGGAGGAGACACUCGAGUCCGACUGGGUGGCGGUGCGGCCCCACGUCUUCGACGAGCGCGAGAAGCACAAGUUCGUGUUCAUCGUGGCCUGGAACGAGAUCGAAGGCAAGUUUGCCAUCACCUGCCACAACCGGACGGCCCAGAGGCAGAGGAGCGGCUCCCGGGAACAGGCGGCGGCUCCUGCGCCCGAUGGGAAUCGCGGGCCCGGCAGCCCGGCGACCAGGGGCCGGCCCGAGGCCGCUGCCUCGGCCACGGUGCACCGGAGCCCCGGGCCGCGCAAGAGCCCGGCCUGGGCCGAGGGUGGCUCUCCGCGCAGCGCGCGCAGCCCGCGGGGCGAUCCUCUCCGGGGUCCGGCGGGCAAAGGACCGGAGAGUCCCCUGCGUAGCCCUGCGCGGGUCAAGGCCAGCCCGCUUCGCAGAGGCGCGCCAUCCCGAGAUGCGGCCGCCGCUGCUGCCACGCCAGCCCCGCCAGCCCCGCCGGCGCCCCCGUUGUCGUCGGUGCGGGUGAUGAGUGCCUCCGGGGCGGUCUCCGAGGAGAUCGAGGUGCUGGAAAUGGUGAAGGAGGACGAGGCGCCGCCGCCGCCGCCCCCCGACUCGGAGCCGCCGCCGCCGCCGCCCGCCGCCGAGCUGGAGUCUUCGGCCGAAGAGUGCAGCUGGGCCGGGCUCUUCUCCUUCCAGGAUCUGCGGGCCGUGCACCAGCAGCUGUGCUCGGUGAACUCACAGCUGGAGCCGUGCCUGCCGGUGUUCCCCGAAGAGCCGUCGGGCAUGUGGACGGUGCUGUUCGGCGGCGCCCCCGAGAUGACCGAGCAGGAGAUCGACGCUCUGUGUUACCAGCUCCAGGUCUACCUGGGCCACGGCCUGGACACGUGCGGCUGGAAGAUCCUUUCCCAGGUGCUCUUCACCGAGACGGACGAUCCCGAGGAGUAUUACGAAAGCCUCAGCGAGCUGCGGCAGAAGGGCUACGAAGAGGUGCUUCAGCGGGCGAGGAAGCGCAUCCAGGAGCUCUUGGACAAGCACAAGACUAUAGAGAGCAUGGUGGAGCUUUUGGACUUGUAUCAGAGGGAGGAUGAAGCCUACAGCAGCCUUGCAGAAGCCACCACCGAACUCUACCAGUAUUUACUUCAGCCAUUCCGAGACAUGCGCGAGCUUGCCAUGCUGCGAAGACAGCAGAUCAAGAUUUCCAUGGAGAAUGAUUAUCUGGGACCUCGAAGAAUUGAGAGUCUACAGAAGGAAGAUGCUGACUGGCAGCGGAAAGCUCACAUGGCUGUGUUGUCUAUUCAGGACCUCACUGUCAAAUACUUUGAAAUAACAGCUAAAGCUCAGAAAGCUGUGUAUGAUCGGAUGCGAGCAGAUCAGAAGAAAUUUGGCAAAGCAUCAUGGGCAGCAGCUGCAGAACGUAUGGAAAAACUCCAGUAUGCAGUUUCUAAGGAGACUUUGCAGAUGAUGAGAGCUAAAGAGAUUUGUCUGGAACAGAAGAAACAUGCACUGAAAGAAGAGAUGCAAAGUUUACAGGGCGGUACAGAAGCUAUAGCUCAGUUGGAUCAGCUUGAAGCUGAUUAUUAUGAUCUGCAGCUUCAGUUGUACGAAGUACAGUUUGAAAUCUUGAAGUGUGAAGAGUUACUUUUGACUGCACAACUGGAGAGCAUCAAAAGACUUAUAUCAGAGAAGAGAGAUGAAGUGGUGUACUACGACACUUACGAAAGCAUGGAGGCCAUGCUGGAGAAGGAGGAGAUGGUGGCAUCUGUGUCCGCGCAGAGAGAAGAGCUGCAGAAGCUGCAGCAGAAGGCGCGGCAGCUGGAAGCCAGAAGGGGGCGUGUCUCAGCCAAGAAAGCCUACCUCAGAAACAAAAAGGAAAUUUGUAUUGCAAAACACAAUGAAAAGUUCCAACAGCGUUUUCAGAGUGAAGAGGAAUAUAGAACCCAUCACACAAUACAACUAAAGAGAGAAAAAUUCCAUGAUGAAGAGGAAAGGAAAAGUGCCUGGGUUAGCCAGGAGAGACAGAGGACCCUGGACAGACUCCGGACAUUUAAGCAGAGGUACCCCGGGCAAGUCAUCCUUAAAUCAGCGAGAUUAAAGGUGGCUCAUUCUAGAAGAAGAAGCACAGCAAGUCCUGUGGCCUGUGAGGAGCGGGGUGACUCUCUCCCAGGAGUGCAGCAGGCAGAGGAGAAAACAGAGGUGGGGGAAGCGGGGAGCCAACUGGGGCCUUCACAGUCAGCAGAGCCUCCUGGGAGCCUUGUCCACCCGGAAGACACCUCAUCAGUACAACUUGAAGCCACUUCGUUCCCUCCCAGUGCCCUUACCUCGGAACUGCCUCCCCCCUCAUCGCUUCCACUUUUGACUAGUAGUGAUCUCAAACCUUCUGCUACUGCAGAUCCACUCCCGGCCUCUCUUCCUCCAACCCCUCCCCCUCCCCCACCCCCUCCCCCACCUCCACCCCCGCCUCUGCCUGUUGCAAAGGACAAUGGUGGCACCAGCACUUCAGAGACACUGGAGAAAGACACACUUAGGAAGGGGGGCAGUGAGAAGAGGAUCCCCAAGUCAGCCAGCGCCCCCUCAGCACAGCUCUUCGAUAGCAGCCAGCUGCUCAGUGCCCGGAGGAAGCUGAGGAAGACUGCUGAGGGCUUACAGAGGAGGAGAGUGAGUUCCCCCAUGGAUGAAGUGUUAGCAUCCUUGAAGCGUGGUAGUUUUCAUCUGAAAAAGGUUGAACAGCGGACUCUGCCUCCUUUUCCUGAUGAAGAUGACAGUAAUAAUAUCUUGGCGCAGAUAAGGAAAGGGGUAAAAUUGAAGAAGGUUCAGAAGGAAGUUUUGAGAGAAUCCUUCACACUUCUGCCUGAUACAGACCCUUUGACUCGGAGCAUCCAUGAAGCUCUCAGAAGAAUUAAAGAAGCAUCCCCUGAGUCGGAGGAUGAAGAGGAGGCUUUACCUUGCACAGACUGGGAGAACUAGCAGGUGACUUAACAGAAAGAAGAAAAAUACCCAUGGAUGAAGACUGGCUCUGAUUCUUUUGGGAAAAAGUUUAAGCUCUUGUUCCCAUAAUUGGAUUCCAUUAGAUCCCGAGUAUAUUGGCAAAGUGGUAUGAAAAAAAGGAAGCACAAUUGGAGGAUAUUACUGUUCGGUCACUCUCACUGGGAGUGGUGACGUCAGUUUUAUAUGUGCAAUGUUCCUGCCUGCCCUGAGAAGGCCUCCUGGAGACGGCUGUUUCUUACACACCUUCUCUUCCCAUCCACCCAUCAUAAGCUCACAGUGGCCAGUUACGCUAGGGUCACUGUGGUGAGACGAACACUGGGUUGGCAGAGUUCUUCUGCGUGAGCUGCUUGGGAUUCGUCUUUCAGUGAACUGAGAAGAUACUUGCUGGAGCACAGAUCCUGCCCCAUCAGCUUCUAGAAAUAAGAGUGACAUGCUGAAAGACAUCGAUCAUGGUAGUUACAGUCAGGAAUUACAAGACGACAACAUGGAAUGCACUUACAAUUUCCACAUUUUUCAUCUCCAGAGGAGGUGUUCAGUGUCUGAGAAGCCAGUGGAGAUAUACCUAUUAAUGUGUGCACCCAAACAUGGCACAUUUAACAAGGCAUAUUUUUAAGAGGCCACAGUCUUACAUUUUGUAAGAGUUUGAAGUUAAAAUUUCCAUGCUUUUAAAAUAGCAUUUCAUAAUUCUGAAUUUAGAAUAGUUUGAAUUUUAUGUGCACCCUGUUUAUGAGAAGCAAUGCUUCAUAAUUUGAUAAUGUUUCAAAUUAUUUUUAGUCUUUUUGUUUGAACUACUGCUUGAUUACUGUAACUCAUGACUUUACUAUUGAGAAUCAAAAAUCAGGAUUCAACAGUAGUGAUACAGACUACAACUCUUUGUAUCAUGCACCAGUUUUAAGUUUUAUGGUGAAGAGCAUGUGUUCAGGAAAGGUCCAGAAGGUAGCCAGUCCCGAAAUCCUCCAGCUGGCAUUUCACUGUUUGCUUAUGCUACGCACAUAUGUAGUUCUAGUGCUGACUUAGCUGUGUCUUAAAGGGUCCAUUUAUGAAUGGAGCUGGCGUGGAUUGUCAGUGGGAUUAUGUGGACAUGCAUGAAGGAAGAUAUGCUGGACCCAGUUUACAGCACACUCUAGUGUGUGCUAAUGAUGAAGACAGAUCUUGGCCUUAUGGAGGGAUUCAAAUACCAAAAAGAGCUUCAUUCCUAGAAAGUUCUUCCCCAGCUUAGCCCAGAAACCACCUUGAAGUGAGAGCACCUCAAUGUCCACUAUCAGUUUCCUCUAGAAACACAGCUUGCCUUUUUGUCAUUUUUAAGAGAUAUUUUUCUUUAAUUAUGGAAAAAAAAUUCUGGUAACAGGAUAAAGUAAACCAAAUCUUUGCACUUAAAUAUUCGUAGCAUGUUUGUUGAUGAGACUGGGAGCUUCUGUAGCAUUUAUUUAGAUACUAGAUUUCAUCCUAAUAGAGUCAUACAUCUUGUCCAGAACAAUGAAAACAGCUGAUACAUAGAUCUCACCCCAGGAUGAUAUGUGGGUCCUUUAGACCCACAGGAAAGCGUCAGAAUGUGUUUAGCCCAGAGUCAUUGGCUAGAUAAAAUAUUUAAAAUAAAAUGUUUGAAAAAUUGCAAAGUUUACAAACUUCCUAGAAGUCAUCCAUCAUUUCUACACUUCUAAUAUUAAUGAUAUAUACAUCAGUGUUUUAUAUAUCCAGUUGUUUUAUUUACUUUUGAGACCAGGUUUUGCUAUGUAGCCCUGUUGGCCUGGAACUCCCCAUGCAGACUGGAUUUGCAGCAUCUACCUGCCUCUGCCUCUCCAGUGCUGGGAUUACAGCUGGGUGCCAAGACGGUUGGCUCCAUUUUUUCUGUUUUUAAAGAUUCAUUUUUUAAAAAUUAAAUUAUGUAUGUUCACAGAGGCUCUUGCCUGGAGCUAGAUUUACAGACCCCUCACGUGGUUGCUGGGAAUCAAACUUGGAUCUUCUGAAGGAGCAAUGCCUGCUCUUAAUCCCUGAGCUAGCUCUUUGCCCACCCCCCCUUGUUUUUUGUUUUUGUUUUUAACUGUAGGAAAAUGUGGACUAUAACGAUAAAGUAACAAUAGCCGCUGGGCUGUAAUCAGUCUUAGCACCGAACUCCUGGCCUUUUAGGUGGGGAUGCAUGAGAUCAGAGCAGCUCUAAGCACAUCCUCUCAUAGCUCUUCAGGAGAGACUCAUCCUGGACAAUCCACGGCUACAGCAGGGAGCCUUCAGCCCAUUUUCAAGCAAAUGUGUUUCACCCAUCAUGCUGGUCCCCUCAGGACUGGUUCCUGCCCUGGGGUGUGGCUGAGGGGUCACCGUGUGCCCUUCAGUAGCUGCUUCCUAGCCCCCAAGAGAAGAUUCCUUACCGAUAAAAUCACACACCAUUGGAGUUAAUCACAACAAUACAAUUAAAAUAACUAGUGUACAGGUGUUCAACAAAUCACUAGAUGGACCUGCAUUAAUUUAAAGUGAAUUUAGAGCCCCAGAAAAAUGAUGCUAGGGAUGGUGGGUUUUUCUCCCCCUCCUCUAUCUCAGUUUCCUAGACACUUAUUAAAACAAGGGCCUUUCUUUGACUUGGUUUUGGAUGACGUCAGCAGACCAGAUGUGAUGAGCUCUGGUCUUCAUAGCACAUUCCUAUGUUUAGUUGUCGUGGCGUUUCCGAUUCCCAGUCUGCUUAGACAAUUAGGCUUCUGCUGGGUCAUUCUAUAUCCACAGACCCCGCUUGUUUGUGCAGUUCCCAGAUACAGUAGACUGAAGACAGGAAACUAGUCGAUGACUUGGGGAUGCUUAGCCUAGUGUUAUUGUUCAUACUUGAACGUCAGUUUCAAAUAUUCCCCUAAUACAACCAAAAUUGUGUAUAAUAGCCAGUGUAGUAUGUAUUGAAAAAGGUAUCUCUGAUGAUUUAAAGUCCUAGUUGUUUGUUAGCAGUAAGAGAUUGCUGGAGAAUGAGCACUUUUAGGGGAUAAGCAAUGACCUUUUUUAAAGAGUGCUUUAUAGGGGGAUGGAGUUCAUAAAAACAAUCAUUCCUAGGGGUUCAUUGUACACUGAAACUUUUUUUCCCCCGAGACAGGGUUUCUCUGUGUAGCCCUGGCUGGCCUGGAACUCGCUCUGUAGAACCAGGCUGGCUUUGAACUCAGGGAUCCACCUGUCUCCGCCUUGUGUGCUGGGACUAAAGGUGUGCACCACAACACAUGAUGCAAAUCUCAUUUUUAAAAAGAUACUUUCCUAUAAUGAACACUUUGUUGAGUCUACAAUGUGUGUGUUGGGAGGGUUCUUUUCUACAAAUCUGAAUGUAGAACAGUACGUGGUGCCACAGUAUGUCCUAGAAUGUGCUCAGUUGCACAGUGUAUCAUAGACACCACACUAAGACUUUAAAGCCCAGUGGGAUGCAGCCUCCUAGGCAGCAUCUGUGUCGCACAGGGACACACACAGGGAUGCAGUUGCAUUCUCUCUUUUCCUUGAGACUUGUGUUUGAAACUCAUUCACAGGGUUUAUUGGUAUUUAUUUAAAUCAUUGCUUUUUGCAUAGCUUUGUCAUACGCCCAUCACCAGAAACCAAGCUGCGAAGUGACUUUGGGUCUUUAGCAGACCUAUCAGGGAGUUUUGAGGUUAUAUUUUUACCAGGUAAAACAAUAACUAAAAAAUUCUGAACACCUGCAGAACAUUUCAGACAGUUGCAGACAGCUUAAGACAGCCGUUUGACAGGAAGCGGAGACCUUGAGUUUUUCCUCGUUUUUGCACUGAAUAUAAAUGAUUAUAUAAAGCUAAAUGUGCAUAUUGAACAUUUUACUUGUGCUUGGCGAUGCCAGUAACCAUCAAGACAUUUUAGAUGGAAGAGAGGUGAGAAAGUGGAGGCACCUUACUGUUGAGCACACAACAUUUAUGUCUUGCUACUGAGCACAUCAGUAGUCAUGUCUGAACUUUCCUUUUUUGUUAAAGCACAUGAAAAUUCAGCCUAAUUGCUUUGUAAAGUGAAGCAAUGGCAUUUUUAUUCUAUAAAUAUAAUGUAACUUAAAAAGUUUUCAUACAAAAUGAGUUUAUAUCAAUGUCAUGUAUUUAAACAGAAGCUUCUAAAAGUGGGAGGCUGUCCUGACCCAGAGAGAGAGAGAGAGAGAGAGAAAGUGAGAGUCUUAAAUGUUCCUUGAGUUAUGUUAAAGAUGCUCUUAUUUUAAAUUUUCAUUUUGCCCACAGUGAACGCACAACUUGGCAUUUGUAUGACUGAAUUCCAAAUUUAGAAAUGUCCCAUCUCUUCAAAGCACAUUUAUUGGGUUACUACAAGGUGUGUGUACAGAAAAUACCUCUGAGGUUGACAUGAUAAGCGUUCAUGGAUGCUGUUUCACAUUGACUUGAAAGCAAUCAUUUGUUUUGAGAGGAAGGGAACAUUUUGUUUCUUAUGUGUUUGUUUUUGUAGAUUCAGUGGCUCAGUUUGGGGCAUUGAAAGUAUGUAGGAAAGACCCUGAGAAAUUGAAAAGCAAAGGUGUGUGUGUUGAGUUGUAACAGGAGAAAACAUUUUUACUUGCAUGUUGUAUAGUUAACUAUCAAAGGGUGUAAUGCACUGUUUUAGGUUUCUCAUGCAACAUCCAUUGUCUUUACUCAAGUCUUUGCAGUUACCAUUGACAUUCACUCCCUUUCUUGUGAUUUCCCCUCAUUUAUGUGCUGUUCCAGAGGUUGGACAGUGCAUCCCUUAACAGUGACGUAGAAUGUCUUUAACACAGUCCCCACUGCCUUGUUGAAUCGCUCUCUGUACUGUAUGCAUUGCCAGGUGUGAAACCCUAAUGUGUAGUUGAUUGAGAAAUGGAAGGCUGCAGAUCACUUUGCAUGAGUAAAGCCCACUGGGGCUGAAGAAACUGACACUUUUCUUUUGACCUGUUUUGGGUAAAUGAGAAUUACAGUGGCAGACCGACGACUCAGCACUCUAGCUUUGUGCAGUGUUCCAAAGGCAGAAGCAAACACUAGUGACUGCUUGGCUUCCCAGGAUGGCUUUCCCACAUUCCGUGAAGUGACUGUCUGCAGCGUACUGUAAACGCCAUCUCUUGCAGAUUUAUAUACUUAACUAUGCUCAGUUAACAUUCUAAAGUAUUAAAGAUACAAAGAAAAUACUAAGCAGGCAUUAUAGCAAUACUAUGAGGUCUUGCCUCUCACUCUAGUGCAACCUUUCUGCAUCGUGAUGGUUGCGUUGCUCUUCUUCUUACAUUUCACACUCCUGACUUCAGAGCUAAGUACUUGCUCACCCAACACUGCACUCACCAUCUCUUACUGUACAUGCAAUGUAACAACACACAGUUUUGGUGCUUAACAAUAUUCUUUUUUCUUUAAUAAAGGAUAUUUAUUUGAAUUAA